GUGAGAGACAGAGAGAGAAGGGUCAGCCGUGAAGGUGAAGGAGUGUGGUUCGCUCCUUCGAUCUGGUCUCGGAUCUCUCAGAUCCCCAUCCGAGGUCGCUCGCUCCUCCUUCCCUUCACUAUGACCGGCAAAAGGACGGCCGCCCCAUUUCUCUCGCUGCUAAUCGCGUCCUGUUUCCUCCAGAUUUGGGCGUCGGAUCCGCUGUUCUACGAGUCCUUUGACGAGUCGUUUGAGGGGCGGUGGAUCGUUUCCGACAAGGCGGACUACCAAGGUACAUGGAAACACUCCAAGAGUGAUGGCCAUGAUGACUAUGGGCUGCUUGUGAGUGAAAUGGCGAGGAAAUAUGCCAUUGUCAAAGAACUUGAGGAACCAACUGUUCUCAAGGAUGGAACUGUUGUUCUUCAAUUUGAAGUUCGAUUACAAAAUGGACUUGAAUGUGGAGGUGCAUAUUUAAAAUACCUCCGUCCUCAAGCAGCUGACUGGACUCCUAAGGGAUUUGACAAUGAGUCUCCAUAUACUAUCAUGUUUGGACCUGAUAAGUGUGGGUCCACAAAUAAGGUGCAUUUCAUCCUCCAGCACAAGAACCCUAAGACUGGCAAGUAUGUGGAACACCAUCUGAAGUAUCCUCCAUCAGUCCCAGUUGACAAACUCUCACAUGUUUAUACUGCUAUUUUGAAACCUGACAAUGAGUUGAAAAUUUUGGUUGAUGGGGAAGAGAAGAAAAAGGCCAAUUUCUUGUCUGCGGAUGACUUUGAGCCAGCUCUAAUUCCACCCAGGACAAUACCUGACCCUGAGGAUGAGAAACCUGAGGACUGGGAUGAGAGAGCAACAAUUCCAGACCCUGAUGCGGUAAAGCCGGACGACUGGGAUGAAGAUGCACCAAUGGAGAUUGAAGACGAGGAAGCUGUCAAGCCAGAUGGAUGGCUGGAUGAUGAGCCUGAUGAAGUUGAUGAUCCUGAAGCCACAAAACCGGAAGAUUGGGAUGACGAAGAGGAUGGAGAAUGGGAAGCACCAAAGAUAGAUAACCCAAAGUGUGAAGAAGCACCUGGGUGUGGAGAGUGGAAGAGACCCGUGAAGAGGAACCCAGCGUACAAGGGAAAAUGGUCUGCUCCUCUAAUUGACAAUCCAAACUACAAAGGUAUCUGGAAACCUCAAGAGAUAGAGAACCCCGAGUACUAUGAACUUGACAAGCCCAAUUUCGAGCUCAUUGCUGCUAUUGGUAUUGAGAUAUGGACUAUGCAGGAUGGCAUUCUAUUUGACAAUAUUUUGAUAGCUAGUGAUGAGAAGGUUGCUGAGUCUUAUCGGUUGGAGACAUGGAAACCUAAAUAUGAGGCUGAGAAGGAAAAACAAAAGACUGAAGAAGCAGCUGCUGGGUUCAAAGAUGGACUUUCAGGUUUCCAGAAGAAAAUUUUUGAUCUCCUUUACAAGAUAGCAGAUAUUCCUUUCUUGGAGCCGUACAAGAUUAAAAUCAUAGAUUUUAUUGAUAAGGCAGAGAAACAAGCUACACUCACCAUUGGAGUCUUGAUUUCCAUAGCAGUGGUAUUCAUUACUGUUAUAUUCAGACUUCUCUUUGGCAAAAAGAAGCCUCAGACGUCCGCGGCAGCUCCAAUUUCCACUGAAACCAACGUCAAAACUGCUGAGAAUGAUGCUCCAGGGGUCUCAGAUAAUAAAGAGGAGAAUGAAAAAGUUGAUGAUGCAUCCGGCCCUCGACCUAGGAGGUCCAGGAGGGAGACAUAAGGUAGCAAGGUCUUUAAAUUUUGUGUCAACGGAAUUUGCGUUCUCAGGCUUCUUGAACGAGAGACAUCAUAGUCCUGGGUGGAAUGUCACUGUUUGCCAACACUUUUUACAAUUGUGAUUUAACUUAAUAGGUUAGAUGGUACUCGAGUUUUCCGACUCUUAAAAGGGUCUUUGUUACUAGAAUAUUAUGGAGAUGUAUUUUUCCCCCCUUUUAGCUAAAGGGUUUUUUGGAAAGUUUUUUUGUUAACAAAAAGGAUUCGUAUGA